AUGGCUAUUGCAAACCUCUUGGAUGUUAUGUUUUGCUCCUGGUUGAUCUUUGCUUGUGAACAACUGCAGCAUUUAAAAGCUAUUAUGAAACCCUUGAUGGAGCUUAGUGCUUCAUUAGAUACCUAUAGGCCUAAUACUGCAGAACUAUUUAAGGUUCCUUCAACGGAAAAUUCCGAGAAAGUCCCCGAUCCAAUUGAUAUGGACAUACGAGGGAUUUACUCCACUCAGCAAGAUUUCGGUAUGACGCUACGUGGUGCUGGAGGAAGAUUACAGACUUUUGGGCAGCAAAAUAAUAAUCCAAAUGGUUUGUCUCAAAAACAAGAAAUGCUAGCACGGUCAGCUAUCAAGUAUUGGGUGGAAAGACAUAAACAUAUCGUAAGAUUAGUAUCUUCUAUCGGAGACACGUAUGGAACUGCUUUAUUGUUUCACAUGUUGGUUUCUACCAUCACAUUAACAUUAUUAGCUUAUCAAGCGACCAAGAUCAACGGACUUAACGUGUAUGCAUUUAGUACGAUUGGUUACCUUAGUUAUACUCUGGCUCAAGUAUUCCAUUUCUGCAUCUUUGGAAAUAGGCUGAUUGAGGAGAGUUCAUCAGUAAUGGAAGCAGCGUAUUCCUGCAAAUGGUACGAUGGAUCGGAGGAGGCGAAAACUUUUGUGCAGAUCGUUUGUCAACAAUGUCAGAAGGCUAUGAGCAUUUCUGGCGCUAAAUUCUUCACUGUUUCUUUAGAUUUGUUUGCUUCUGUCUUAGGAGCUGUUGUUACAUACUUCAUGGUGUUGGUUCAGCUGAAG